AUGUCGCCAGAACUUGAAGUUAUCGUAUGCUAUUGUCUAAGAUGCGAUCUUAAACUUGGUAGCUUCGAUAAUUCAUGGGAAGGUCUCGGGAAGACUUACUACAUACCUAAAGUAACAAGAGAUGCUACGGGAUUCAAAGGAGUUGGUACUAUCAAACUAGCCACUGGUUCAGCUCAAGUCGGUACUGUUAUUGAGAAUAGUUCUCUUCAAGAUUUGACUUGCGCAGAAUGCCGUGAGGUAUUGGGCCUGCAAUGUCAUAGUGCACCAGAAGGACAUUUGUUGAAAAAAGACCAACUACUUUUAUGCGCCAAGAAAUUAUCAAUGGAAUCGCAAGAAACAAGGGGAAAGGCAGUUUUAGCUGUCACGAAAACGCAUGACUUGAGAAAACCUUCAAACAACUCAAGGUCUGCGUCUAAGAGGCCAUCGUCCAUAUUAUCUCAUACACCUCGACCCAGUAAUAUAUCUCGUCAGGGUAUCGAAGAGCCCUUCACUACAGCAGCAUCUUCACCACCGAUAAUUGGUGAUGCGGCUAUCAUCUUGACCAUUGUAGAGCAACGAAAGGAUAUCGAUCGUAUUGAUGCUGCUGUAGGUCGCUUCGAGAAGGACAUGCAGGAGGUUAAAUCUUUUAUGGAAGAUGUACGCCGAGAGAUGACCGAAAUUCGAAAAUCCCACCCUGUCGCUGAAAGUUUCAUUGAUACCCUUGAAAAUGAUGUCCUCCACGUGAGAGAGAACGCUAAUGAAGUGGUCGAUCUUCGUAAGGAGCUUAAAACUCUACGUACUCUUAUUAAUGAUAUGAAGGGAGCUUCUUGCGGUUUUCUAACCUCGGGCACACGAGUAGCAACCACUUCUGUACCUUCCGAUGAACAGCAACAGCAAAAUUCUCAGAUGCUAGUGUCUAAUGAGGAAGACUCUGGAAUAGCUGCAUCUAGCAAGACCUCUAGUCGGAAACGCCGAUAUAACGAAGCUGAAUCCGAUCAAAUAAAAAAAAUGGCUACAAAGCUUACCAAUCCGCAAUACAAACGCAGAAAACAAACGAAAGCUCAUCAAGAUGAAGAUUCGGAACCUCACUCAAUUCCUCCGCGUCUCCCAACAGAGGAGCUCACCACUCCGCACUUACAACCUCGCACCCGGUCUCCUAUUCUUGGUCGUUAUGCCAAGGAUGGUGAUACUAAUCAUACUCAACGAGACGGUAAUGUUCAGCACAUGGAGCAAGAUAUCGAACUACAGAUUCCAGAGUCACCCUCCCAGCGAAUCGAAACUGAGAUGAACACUCCUGAUGAGAGAAACAAUAACAAAGAGCAUCAACAUCUCCAGCCCAUCUCACAAGCAGCAACUGAGAUCCCCGAAUCAUCUCAAGAGAUAUCCCCAUCCUCUACCAUUUCCCCGAUAAUUUCGGGUGGGUAUCCCCUUACUUCCCAUCUACAUGUCCCCCAAAUUCAAUAUCAAAUCCCAUAUCCCCAACUUGAAAUUUCUAACUCUUCCCCAUCAGAACCCACCCGGCAAAACCAAAACCAAGAACCGCGACUUCAACCGCACCCCCCUCGCUCUCGAGGCCGGGGUCGCCCUCGUGGCUCAAAAAACCUUCCACCUCUCGCAACUAGUAUCUCAAUUGCAACAGGCAGUGAAGAUUUAUCAACGCCAGGAAGGGCAUUAAGGAGGAGGACUAUGCCAGUUCCGGACUCAAAUUCGGCCGUGAAACCGCUGGUGGGGAAAGUUGCAGGUGACCCACGUACUGAAGAACUAUCUACUCCGGGAAGAGCACUACGAAAACGUGACAUGCCAGUUCCAGGCUCAAGUUCUGCGCUCGUGAUAGAAGUGGCAGGUACGACAAGCAACAACCUGGCGAUUGACUUGACGCGUGUGAAGGAUACAGAGAGUAGGGAACUUCAGGAAAUUGGAGAGAGUCCGAUUGCACAAAUGCAAGUUCAGAUUCCUGUUCAAUUUCAAGACCAAGUUCAGGACCAUGAUUUCGCUGUUGCCGGAGAUGUUGGAAUGGAAAUGGAGGAAAUAACUCGGCCUGUAAACCUCAUCAGAAGACCCCGGAGAAACACGCGCAGUUCUCGUCACAGACCCUCGGUAGAUUUGGACGAGAUUUUUACCUUGAAAUUGAAGACUACUGGUACUGCUGAUGUUGAUACUGAUGCUGAUGCUGAUGCUGAUGCUGCAGACGAUCAUUUCAUGAUCGAGCAACAAACUAAACCAGAUCGAAGAUGUACGGGUGGGUUUAGGAGAAUGCCGAUGCCUGCAGAUGAGAAUGAGAAUGAGAAUGAGAAUUAUAUUGAGAAGGAAAAGAGGGAAAAGAUGUAUCAAAAGGAGAGGGAACAGGAACAAGAACAAGAAGGAGAAGAAGAAGAAGAACAAGAAGAAGCAGCAGCAGCAGCGAAAAAACCCCCCCAAGAAGGAGAAAGAAAAAGGAGAAAAAGUACACGAAAGCAAGAAUUGGAGAGGAGGGAGGAAUUGGUUAAGGAGGUGUUGGAGAGGGGGUAUUGA